GACAUUCUCGUGAGUGUAUAUUAUCGUGAAACUUGAAACAUAUAAUCUGUCUAUAUUGUAUUUGAUUUUAAACCGGAUAUUUUAACGAAAAAUAUCGGCUUAUUGUUCACAUUGUCCCUCUUGACUGCAUAGCAUGGCCGCGUGAGAUCCAAUAAAAAUAUGUCAACAUACGAUUUUUCUAACGUUUUGGUUAGAUUUUCUAAAAUACUAGUACACAAAAGUCUUACCCUUAUUGACAAAACGUAUAGGUAAGGUUCCACUCCAUGGUCACAAUGAUCGCUUGAGCUAAAAUAGUAUUUAGGUUUAAGUUUUGUAUAUUUGACCUAUUGUCUUAAGUUCUUCACUUUUCUUUCAUGAACAUUUACAAAAAUGUUCCCUGGAGGGGAAUCUAUAACAAAAAUGUAUAUUGUUUCGCUUCACUACAAAAUAUGGAUGUCAUAGCUUAAUAUAAAAAUAUGUCUAUAUAUAGUAUGCAGAAAUUAUAUUGAAAUGGUUCCGCUCUUGUGCACAAAAUGGCCAAUUGAUACAAAAUAUAUUUUAAAAAUUUGUGUAUACAUUUUGAAUAUUUUUUUAUGAAAAGUACACAAAUAUUCAUUAGAGGGUCCACCGCAAAUGUUUGCACAGGGCUCCGCCUCUCUGCACAAAAUCGCCAUCGCAGUGUUAAAUAGACAAACUCUUAAACCAAUAUGUUCUAAUCAAACAAUUGCACGCACAUGUUAGUUCUAUUCACAUGAUUAUCUUCCAAAUUAUUUUUAAAUUCACACCAUUGCAAGAGAUUAUUGAGGUCCUUUCGCGCUUAAGGCUAGAUUGUGUUCGGACCUGGUGUGUGUUUCAUCACUCAUCCUAACUUACCUACUAGACUCACGAACGCUUGACGGAUUUUGAAUUAUAGCUGCAAUGUCCAACUAUUUAAUGUGACCACCAACAAAGCUCACAUGCGCCGGAAACAGGGUUUGAAGACAAAUGACAUGCUCGAGGAUGCAACGGGCAAGCCUUUGUCUGCCCUUACCGUGUUCUCGUUAACCAUAAAAUAUCUCCAUGACGACUUGUACAAGACGCUAGAGAAUGGGACCGGUGGAAGCAUCUUUAAAGCAGACAUUAAUUGGGUGCUCACCGUACCUGCAAUAUGGAGCGACAUGGCCAAGCAGUUUAUGAGACGUGCUGCACGGGAGGCAGGUAUUGAGACAGGCCACCUAACCAUAGCGCUUGAACCUGAGGUGGCAUCAAUUUUCUGUCGUCAUUCGAAAAUGAUGAGAACAGCAACUUCAUCUUCCGUUGACAUAUCUAUGUUUCCAUCUGGAACGCGUUACCUUGUUUGUGAUGCAGGAGGUGGGACCGUUGAUAUCACUGUCCAUGAAAUUACUUCUGACAUGCGUUUGAAAGAAAUUGAGAAAGCCAGCGGGGGCGCCUGGGGAGGGACACAAGUCAAUCUGGAGUUUGAACGCUUAAUCGAUACGAUAGCAGGUUGUAGCGUUGUAAAUGCGCUUAAAGAAGAAUUCAUGGACGACUAUUUGGAUCUAAUGGCAACAUUUGAGCUGAAAAAGAGAGAAUUCAAGGAUUCGUCAGAAGUUUUAUUACGUUAUCCUUCUUCUUUAAAGAAGUUGGUGAAGAAACUAACAGAUUCGUCGUUGGAGGAACAAAUUGAGAAAUCAAUAUAUAAAGGCAAGAUAUCAAGAAAUCGCGAUAAGCUUAGCAUCGAGUAUAAUGUCAUGGCAUCAUUGUUUGAGUCGACGAUAAAUAACAUAAUUGAACAUUUAUCAACCUUGAUAUGCAACCACGCAGACAGGCAAAUCGGACACAUCGUGAUGGUUGGGGGAUUUUCUGAGUCACCACUGCUACAACGCAGAAUAAAAGAGGCAUUCAGAGGACAGCAUAUUAUCAUACCUGCAGAGGCAAGUCUGGCGGUUUUGAAAGGCGCUGUCAUAUUUGGACACAACAAGCAGAGUAUUGUGUCAAGGAUUGCUAGGUUUACUUAUGGCAUCUCAAGUGGUAUUCCAUUUAAUGAAUAUAUUCAUCCUGUUAACAGGCUUUAUAUAGAAAAAGAUAACACAAAACUUUGCGUGGGUGUAUUUUCUAAGCUGGUAACAGUAGGCCAGUCUAUUCCAGUGGAAGACGCUGCAGGAUCGAACAACUAUGGCCCACUUGAUGACCGCACUUAUGCGACUCCAAUCAUUUAUGCUACAAAAGAAAAGAAACCAAUGUUUACAGAUGACCCAGGGUGUUUUCGUGUUGGCGAAAUGUAUGUUAAUUUUGAAGAUCGUAAUGGGAAAGUCGGGAGCGCUACGAUCAGCAUGUAUUUCGGUGGUACUGAAAUCACAGUCAAGGCUGUUCUGCUAUCAACCGGUGAAGAAACAUCGGUCACGUUUGAUCUGCCUGAUUAAAAGCAGAUACGACGUGAAGCGUCCAUACGACGUGCAACUUAUUGUGAAGGCUACUGGUGAUUUUUAUCGGUUGGUAUGUUGUGUGUUUCUACAUUAAACAUGAUUUGCAAUAUCAUGUCAUCCAUAGCAUGGGAAAAAAGUUAAUAAGGCUUCAGUUGUAUGCAUAGUUCCUACAGUUGUAUUUUCAACCAAUCAAAUAGCGGUACUGUAUUCGCUGCCAGACAGCUUGUUGCUACGGUUCACGCGCCACUCGUUAAAUCGAUAGUGAAAAGUGUUGCUAACGAAAGUAUUAAUCAAAUAAUUUCAAAAUGGUACGAAGAUGUGCGUGGGGGAAAUGCAAGGCCGAUGCCCGAUUCCCUGAUAGAAUGAACGGUGCCAAAUUCAUAAACUUCCCUAAGCCAAAAACUCAGAAAAAUGUUUAAAAUGGAUUCAAGCGUGCGGUCGUCCACUACUCCUAUAAAUAAUUAGGUCGAUAUACAUCGACCUCAUAUCGUUUAACGUCAUUUUGCAAUAGCAUCGUUCCGACAUGAAAUCAUGUCGGAAGGUUUAACGGCUGCAAAUUCAUAUAACAGCGCAGAAUAAUCGUGUAAUAAUUAUUAAACAUAAAAUAUAAACAUUAUUUUACAGUUUUACUAGUUGCAUUAGAAGAAUGUCCAAAAAACUUAAUUACAAGUAAUGAUAUUCCAGGCCUGUAAACACUACCACUGUCCAAAUUCCAUAUUGUUGUCAUAUAGCACUGUGUAAAUUGAAAGUUGCAUAAUUUUUACCUCAUUGGUCGGUUAUAAAUACCUUGUUUCUCUAUACAUCGUGUUUGAUUUAGACGAAACUAAUAAUUAACGUGGAAUGUCAUAUUAGUUUUCCAUUAAAACUGUGAUCUUUCCGUGUGUGUUUAUUGACUUUAUUAGUUAUGCUAUCUACAUAUUUUUGUAUUUCAUUAUGAAUUAUAACGUGUAACCGUUUUUGUUAAUUGUUUUUAGCAAACGAUUCGCGCCUUAAGAUACGGAAAAUUGUUAAAGCCACACUUUCAUUUAAAGGUUUAAUGUAAACAAUAUGUAAUGAAACCUUUAUUUUUGGUAUUAAUAAAUUGUAUUGACAUGUUUGAUUCGAUACUUGUAAAGGUGUUUAGUCUUGUACAAGAUGUCGCUGAUAUUGUCAAAUUCAAUAACUGUUAAUAUUCUCAAUAUUGUAUAAGAAAUUGAAUAGUUAAUGAAUUAUCACUUCGUCUAUUUUUUUUACUUAAUUGACGUUUUCUUAUUUUAUUUAUAAACGUAUACACUUUAUACAGCUUUUAUAUUUUUUAUCAAUUGCAUUUAAAUCCGUAAAUACUUAUUAAACCAUCGAGGUUUUAGAUCAUGCUGUCAUUUUAACCAGCAAUAAAUCGUACUCAAAAUCGAAAGGUCAAAGUUUAAUAUUGAUUGAACUUAUAAAGCACGAGAUCAACGACCAAAAGACUAAUAAUUAAGACCUCUAUUUAAAAUUUUAUCUGCUAGUUUAUCAUAAUUUGGUAGGAAUUAAACUGAAAUAUUGUCAGAAAUAUUUACGAGCGUAUCAGAUACUUAAGCAUCAGCGGACGCCAUUUUGGAUGUAGCGUGUGAAGCGUAGAGCAACAAUCACUAAGGACGGGUCAGUGAGCGGUACUAUGCAUAGUAAAUAGACUUAACUGUUUUUUUUCCUCUGAAAGGGCAAAGAUCAGGGGUUUGAAUUUGUUUUGUAACUUCGUAUAGUAGUCCUUUACUGUGUUUGUUAAAAUAUGCUCCUUAGGUGAAAAUUAUCAAUGCCGAAUACGUCACAUAAUUUAUAUAGACUUAUAUAAUAAAUAACACUAUAACAUGUUCUCUGAAACCAGAAAUAUAAUAUCGUUGAUAUUUGGAAUGAAAUAGAUCCGUCCUGGGAAAAUUUGUACCGCCUAUGGUAGUUAUCUACCAAUAAGUUAAACUCAUGCUUUUGUAAUCUAAGUGUGCACCGCACUGGAUAUAACUUGUGUUCAUGAAAUGUUAAGAGUUCAAACUUUUAACAUCUUUUUUCCAAACCGUGAUACUGAUUGCUUAGAUUGUUGGUUUCCGUCAUUAUGUGGUGGACAUGUAAUAAGUUUGGUCAAAUGAUGUCCGUUAGGUCAACACUGGUCACAUUGGCGUAGAAAAAUAAAUGUUCUUUCUGAAAGGGUAAUGCGCAAGAAAAAUGAUAUAAGGUUUUAUAGCUUAUUUCGUAGUUCUGCAUUAAGGUUUUUCAAAUUAUGACCUGGGGGUAAGAACUGACCAUACCGUAUUUGUUGAUUGCUUAUAGUUAGAUGUGUAAAUCACUGUCUUAAAAAUCAAUGAAAUCCUAGGAAAGAGGUUGUAUAUAUUGUCGAUAUCGUCAUAUCGUGAACCUCUACUAUUGUGCUUCUUCCAAUCAUACCUUUUGGGGUCAACACUCAAUAAUUUCUGUUCUGAUAAUGUUUCUGGCGUCUCAUUAUUCCUUUAAUCAUUUACUAGUUUAUAUUUAUAUUGCAAAAUAUCUUUAACUUUACUUGAAGCAAUCAGACAGAUUUGUAAUGAGUAAUAUAAUUUGAAUUAAAAUCAUAGUUUAAAACCAAAAUACUACUUUAUCGGGAACUUCACAAUUCAAGCCUUAGACAGAAAAAGACCCUGAAAACCUUUCUCGACUUGCAAAUGCUAAUCUCGUUCAUAAUUUAAUUAGUUCGGGAAUGAAUACAGUAUCCAUUUUUUCAUAAUUGUGUUUAUAUUCGAAUGUACAAAGCUUAUUCUAAAAUAUUAAGUUCUUGAGAAACCGAAGAUGUUUCUUGAUUUGUCCCGUUGUUUUAAUGUGUUAGAAAAAAGGCAAACGUUUAUUCAUUUUUACAAAUCUGAUCAAGAAGUGCUUAUAGGCAGCUGUUGUUGUAAACCUUUGUCCGUCGUUGUCCGUCAUUUGUCGUGCGACUCUUAAAGUCGUUACCACACUGAAAGCAACAGUUUUCAGCCAAUAUUAAUGAGAAUGACAGAAUAUUCAUCCUGAAAAUAUCUAGGUCGUAUUCGAAUCUAGGUAAGGAGAGUCCGAAAACUAGGUAAAUAGUUCAAAACGUAAACAAACAUUGUUACCACUAUAGAAAUCACGUGUAUGAAUUAUCUUGAUGAUCCUCAGUCAGAAUAUUCGCCAUAACAUCUGUAAUUUCGUUCGUCCAUAAUCUAGGCCACCAAAUCAAAUCUUAGAAAAACGUCGUUACCUCUAUAGAGGUCACAUUUAUGAUCUAAUCAUGAUAAAAACAUGGUCAGAAUGAUUCAAUGAACAAACAUUAUGCCCUGAGUAAACGAACUAUUUAUUUAAGAUACACAGUUACUUGUCUUCUUGUAAUCCGUAUUUUAUUCAGAUUUGCAUCAACAUUUUACUCUAGAUGAUAAUAGUAUGCGUAUACUAUUUUCAAUUUACAAUACCUUCAUUAAUAUAUGUUUAGUCGGCUUUGAAAGCUCUUCAGAGCUUGUGUUAUCAUGUUUGAAAUACCCGACUUUAUAAAUAAAUAUUUCUUGACUUGACUUGAGUGCCGUUUAUUUUGUAUCAACACAGUAAUUUGUUUAUGGCAAUUUCCUACCUAAAUCACUUUAUUUUAUGCAACGUUUUUUUUUCCUACUGUAUCUUUUAUAUGAAGAGCUGUUGAAGGGAAGUAAUUGUAACUGUAAUUAAGUGUUUGUUAUAGUUUGUCAUCAGAACAAUGAUUUAAUCAGGCCAAUCUCACAAACUGUGUAUGAUGGUUCUUCUUACGGGAGUGUCUGAUUGAUUAAAUAAUACAAUUAAAUUACUCUAUAUAACAUUUUAUCUAUAAUUCACUUUGACUAUGUAAAAUUAAUAACUUGAUAAAUUUUAAGAUAAAAUAUUAUUGUAUUUAUGUAUUUUAUGGCGGAAUUAUGUGCCGCGCAUGAAGCGCACCGAUUUCGAAGACACGCAUUUGAUGUCUUAUUGGUUUUAUAGGUACAUAAUUUGCAGUGUUUGGUCCGAAAACACUGUUUUAAUGUAUUUAUCAGCUUGGUCUAUAUGUUAAUUCAAUCAGUAGUGCUAUUAUGUAGUUACUUCUUAAUAUGCUUUGCUAACCUGUUUAUAUUAUGUGAUUACUUCCUAUAUGGUGUUGUUAAUUCUUAUUAAAAUAUUGUUGCCGGUUUGUAUUAUGUGACUCAUUCUUUUUAUGAUGUGAUUAUGCUAUAUACCUUUUGACUCGUAGGUAAUUUUCAUAAAGGUGUAUCAUCACAAAUAUUUUAUAAAGAAAUGAUCAUAAAUUAUUAUAAACAUAAUUAUAUCUUUAUAUUUGUUGCUUUGUUUUCUAGAUAUGUAUCGUCUGUAAACAUAAAAAAUAAUAGAUUAUGUAGAACAUCCAUCUUGAAAAUAAGGUCCUUAGUGAGUCGCUGAUUCCGAUUUCCUGUUUAAAUUGCAAUAUUUGCAUGAUACAAAUAGUCUUAAAACUGACACUGCAGGGGAUAUUUUUUUCUCGAGAAAAAUAUGUCAAGAGACGAUGUAGCAUAAAAAAUACUCAUAAAUAAACAAUUGUUUGCUAUUCAAAACAAUUUAUUAACAAUACAUAAAGGAGGAAAUAAUGUUUGUAUAUGAUAAGAACGUAUCGAGUUGUGAUAUAUAAAAUAUUUACCUGUUUUUGUCGCAUUUUUUAUCAGCAAAACGAUGGCGACUUUGUGAAAACGUUUUACGGGAACGAACUGCAUUAUGUGCGAAUGUUGCAUGAAGUGAGUUCACGCGAUUGCUAUAACCACGACUCAAAAAGACCCACGACUCAAAAAUACAGGCCAUACUUCUUGAUAUUACAUGGUUACUUCUUUAUGGUAUGUGGAUACUUCUUGAUAUAAUGUGAUUGCCGUUUGCAUGAUUAGAAUAGUUCUUUGUAUGAUGUGAUUAAUUCUUUUGACUUAUUGAUAUAGUGUGGUUGCUUUCUUAAUAUUGAAAAGCUAACUUCUUUUUAUGCACUGGGUGGAAGUAACAAGCAAAACAUAUGCUGUGGUUAAAUGGUCAUUGACUGACCGUUAUUAUCAUAUAACAAAAGUUCAAAACAUAUAUCAAUAUAUACACCAAUAUAUAUUACUUAAGACAUAAGGAGAUUAAACAAUUAUGUUAUUCGGUAAAAUGUGGAGGUUGCUGAAUUACAACAACUUAUGGCUUGUGUUUUUUAAGAAAAUUGUCAUAUCGUUGCUUAAACUGGUAAUUUGUAGUACAAUGAUCGAUUGUUUUCCGUGUAGUGCACAAUUUGUCAAAUAAAUAUCACUAUGCAAUCAUGUAUAAUCAAUGAAAUAACGUAUAAUCUAGAUUCAAAUCAUACAAAAAAUUUCCUUUGUUCUCUUUAUACGUUACACUUCGUGUGAUUCCGUCAUUGUUUACAGGGAAUAUAGCCAAGCUGAUCCGAUUUUUCUGUAGAUAGGUUAAAGUCUAUCUGAUUGCAGUUCCUUUCACCCAACGCAUAAAAAACACUGAUACGAUAUUUCGUAUAGUUUGCAUAUAUGGCGUGGUUAUUUCUUUAUAUGAUGUAGAUACUUUUUUAUAUGACGUGGAUAUUUCAUUUGAGGAUGUGGUCAAUUCGUUAUAUUAUGUGGAUAAUUAUUGCUAUGAUGUUUUUUUUUUCAAUAGUUUUGUCACUCUUUAUGGUUUGGUUACUUCGUUAAAUUACAUGUAUAUAUUAUGGAGUGGAUACUUCUUUGGAUGUUUUUUUUUAUAUUUCUUACAUACUGUGGUUAUUUUUUAUGUGGGCUGGUUACUACUUUUUUUUCAUAAUAUUGUCGCAUCUCUAUAUAAUAUGGAUACUUGAUAUAAGAUGUGGAUAUUUCUUGUUAUGGUGUGGUAACUAAUCUAUUGAAUUGUAUUGAUAUAAAAACGAAUCAUUACAUGGAGUCCUCUGAGAUGUAUAAUAUGCCAUGUUAUCAGCAUAUAUUGUGAAACUGUCCUUAAACUGUCAUUAAAUUCAGUAACAAGAACGUUACAUAAAGCCAGUUAACCAAUAAACGAGUAUGUUUA